CAAAGCUUAGAGUUUACUCAUCAGAGUUGAGCUUCAGAAAAUCCUAACUCUCUGUCUUUGUGUUGUGUUUAAUUUGUCAUCAUAUCCUUUAAUUCAUAUCUCUGCAGAAAAUAUAUAGAUCCUUUAAAAAAUGGCUGCUGUUUCACACACUGAAGCCACAAACCUCACUACUCCAUCAUCAAACAACAACAAUGAUGGCGAUGACACCACCACCACCACCACCACCACCUUUUCAAUAUCACCAGUAACCCUACAAAAACUACCACACCUCAAAGACUACAUUCCACAACAAGACCUCAAAAGCCAACCCAACCCAUUAGAGUAUAGCCCAUUCUACCACCCUUCUAAAGGCUUCUACAUCUCCCACUCCGAUGUCGUUCUCCGCCACAUAGUCUUCGACCUCUCUGAGUCCUUCCCUUCCUCUGCUUCCUCCAUAGCUUACCACCGUGCUGGUCCACGUGAUCGUAUCUUCUUCGACCCGUCUCAAACUCGGGCUGCUAUUGUCACCUGUGGUGGACUCUGUCCUGGUCUCAACACUGUCAUCAGGGAGCUCGUGGUGGCUCUCUGGGACCUCUAUGGUGUGCGUCAGAUAUUCGGUGUUAAAGCUGGUUACAGAGGGUUUUACUCCUCUGAACCUGUGGAGCUCAAUCCUAAGCUAGUGCACAGUUGGCACAAUAGGGGUGGCACUGUGCUUGAGACCUCUAGGGGUGGUUUUGAUCUUCAAAAGAUUGUCGAUGGUAUUCAGGAUCGUCAAUUUAAUCAGGUGUACAUCAUAGGUGGAGAUGGCACAAUGCGUGGGGCUGUGAACAUAUUUGAUGAAAUUCGUCGCAGGAAACUGAAUGUUUCAAUUACUUGCAUCCCUAAAACCGUUGACAAUGAUGUGGGAAUCAUUGACAGAUCAUUUGGUUUCCAGACAGCAGUAGAAAUGGCACAGCAAGCAAUUAGUGCAGCUUAUGUGGAGGCUGAGAGUGCAGUUAAUGGAAUUGGCUUGGUGAAGCUAAUGGGUAGAAGCACAGGGCACAUUGCCCUUCAUGCAACAUUGAGCAGUCGUGAUGUGGACUGCUGCUUGAUUCCUGAAAUGGAAUUUUACUUGGAAGGAAAAGGAGGGCUAUUUGAAUUUCUUGAGCAGCGACUGAAGGAGAAUAGUCAUGCAGUACUAGUAGUUGCUGAGGGGGCAGGACAGGAUAUGAUACCAAGGACUGAUGCACAGAAAGAGGAGAGGGAUGAAUCUGGCAACCCAGUGUUCUUAGAUGUUGGCGGGUGGUUGAAGUCAGAGCUAACGAAAUGGUGGGCAAGAAAUCACCAAAAUGAGUUGCUUACAGUGAAGUACAUAGAUCCAACAUACAUGAUACGUGCCGUUCCUGCAAAUGCUACAGAUAGAUUGUAUUGUACACUUUUAGCACACUCUGCAAUUCAUGGGGUUAUGGCAGGGUACACUGGAUUUGUCCCUGGUCCUAUUAAUGGCAUCUAUGCAUAUAUUCCAUUGGAAGAGGUGGCACAAUCUAAGAAUGAAGUUGACACAAAGGAUCACAAAUGGGCAUGGGUGAGAUCUGUUACCAAUCAACCCGAUUUUAUGAAGGUCUAAACAUAAAAAACCAAUCAACAGUUUAUAGACAACAAGUUUCAUCUUUGUGGUCUCUUAAGCUGAUUCACAUUGAGGCUUUCUUGGCUUUUUGAACCUUACCAGGAUUCAACUUGCAGAUCAUUCCAGGUAACAGAUUUACUUGGUAGCUUCAAAGGGUUGAUUCAAGGGUAAGAUUAAAAGUGGCAGUGUUGGAAUGUAUUGCAUGGGAUGAAGAAACUUUAAGGGUUGGACUGAUUAUAUUUGGUCUGCUUUUUCAAAUAAUGUUGUCCCCGAAACCUUGUUGUUUAUUGAGAUAAUUCAAUGUUGGAUUCC